AAAGUAAAAAACGUCCCCGUCCAGACGUGGCAUAACCACCAUCACAUUACCGAGACGGGUGAGAACACCACCGGUGAAGGAAACCGCUCACCCUCGUUAAAUCACUUCAACGCUAUCUUUCUUAUCCACCGGUCUAACACUCCGCCCGGCGGUGGAGUUGCAGCAACCUUAAAAGCUUCUCACUUCUGAUGGCGAGUCUCUCGAAUCUCUAUCUCUUCAUUUACAACUCCGUUCAAGCUUUAGGAUGGGCAAUUGCUUUGUUUAGAAUUGUAAUUGACUUCGUAUCCACGAAGUCAAUCAACGGCGCGUAUGCUUCUGCUGGAGAUCUGAUUUGCUUGCUACAAACUCUUGGAUUCAUAGAAGUGUUACAUGGAGCUUUAGGUAUUGUUCCUAGUGGAUUUCUCUUCCCUCUAAUGCAAUGGGGAGGAAGGACACAUUUCGUUAUUGCAAUUGUACACAGACUACUUGAGGUUCAAAAAUCACCAGCUGUUUUCAUUACAUUUGUUGCUUGGUGUUGCAUGGAGAUAAUUAGGUACCCGUUCUAUGCUUUGAAUUGCUUGGGUAACUGUCCCUCUUUCCUUACCUACCUCAGGUACACAGCCUUCAUAGUGAUUUAUCCAAUUGGGGUUUUGGGUGAAAUGUGGAUUAUGUACCAAUCACUCCCAGUUAUCAUGGAGAAAAAUCUUUUUGCAAAUUACUUUUCUGCCCUCCCUUUCACCUACUAUACAUUUGUUAAGGUGGUCCUUAUCUGUUACCCAUUUCUAUGGUUACAACUGUACCUUUAUCUGUUCAAGCAAAGACGUUCAAAACUACGAACCCGUAAUGAGAAACAGAAAAAGAAAAAGUAAAGGCUCACCAUAGAAAAUUGAGGCGAUAAAUAUAUAUGUAUGUUUAUGCAACUAUGUACCUUUUAGUAUUUAAAUAAUUGCACAUUUACAUUAGGGUAAACUAAAAAUUUUCUUAUAUGCAUAUUUCGUUCCUUAAAGUAAAAUUUUCAUUCUG